GGAACAUUUGAAAGUUUAUGUUUUGUUUAGUUUCAAUAAUUGGAAAUAAUUGAGGAUUUCUCCAGUAUAAUAUAGACCACGGAGUAUGUUGAACCUACACACAGUUCUGCUCCUGGUUAUAUUCCAGGACGGAGUAAAUUCCAACCCUGACAACUCCCUUCAUUUCGUGAAUACAAAUUAUGAUGAGAAACAUAAAGAUGAAAUAUCUAUAGAAGAAGAACAUAUUAAAGAAAAACAAAUUGAUAAAAGCGUGAAAGUAAGAGAACGAAGAAGCGCGACUAGUUGUAGUGAAACUAUUCAAAGAUCGAUGAGUUCUCCAAACCUCUACGUCUUCCUCACAGUGAGCAGUUUAGGUUAUGUAUCUUGGUCCGGAAAUGUGUCAAAGAGAAACCUAGAGUUGAACUGGGUCCUACCCUCCUCAAGGUUUGCUCAGUCUGGGGAUUAUAUUGGAUUGUUCAAGGAUGAUCCACAAUCCUACCUGGGAUCCCCUGUAGUAUCUGUGAAUCCAAAUUCAGGUUCAUAUUUCCUGACAGAGGAACAGUUUCCCGACACAUCUAUCCUGAUGCUUGAUACUGAACUUCUUGAUCAGUGUUUGUUCCAUUACUGGAUUGCAUACGUCAGAGAGGACCGGGUUCUUUCUGUCAACUGUAUCAAAACCAGACCAAGAUGGAUGAGAGAAAUGAAAGAUACCCUUGGAUCCGUCCCUCUCCACUCUCUAAUGAUCCCAGGAACUCAUAACUCCGGGUCCCACAUGAAACUAAGAGGAGUAGCUGAUGAUACAGUCUGGUAUAGAUACAGUGUGAACCAGGAAGAAGAUAUUUGGAGUCAACUUCUACUUGGAAUAAGAUAUUUAGAUCUCAGGGUCAGCUAUGACUCUGAAACACAGAAGUUUUGGUUAGUUCAUGAUUUUGUUCCCUUGAACCCUCUCUCAGGAGCAAUACAGGCAGUGAAGAGGUUUCUCCGGUCCACCCAGGAGCUUGUCAUCAUGGACUUCCAUAGAUUCCCAGCAGGAUUCAAACAUAAUACUCGACAGAGACAUAAGGAACUGGUUGAAUAUAUAAUAUCGGAGCUGGGUGAGUUUAUGGCUCCAGACUGGUUGGGAAGAACGGUUUCUCUCAACAAUCUUUGGAACCUGAACCGAACCUUGAUAGUGAGUUAUGAGAACGGAUGGGUUGAAUCAGAAUAUGAGACUAUUUGGCCCAAAGUUCAUCAUGCCUGGGCGGAUACCAGGGAUACACCUCAACUUUUCCAAUUCCUAAACAGAUCUAUGGAACUGAGAAGUGAAGCAACCUAUCUAUGGGCUGCUAUGUCUCAUCUAACUCCUUCAGCUCUGGAUGUGAUACUAAAUCCCUCCGGUGGAAUACGAAUACUCAACAACAGAAUUAGCAGGCACUUGAGUACCUGGUAUAUGAAUAUGUGGUGGGAUAAAGCAAAUAUUGUUGCAUCAGAUUUUAUUCUCAGCAAUGAUAUAAUCUCUUCAACUAUUCAGGGAAACCGGAAGAGAGAAAUUUGCAGAUCACAGUCUUUAUCCUAACUCUAUCCAGUAUUGUUAUAAUUUAACUAAACCAUAAUUCAAAAUAAAUAUGUUAUGUUUUA